GUUAGCAACAACUUCGCGCUUCUGCCCGCGAAGUCCGAAUCUGUAAACCUCCAGAUCCGCACCCUGCUAGCACCUGGAGCCAGUUUUGAAAGGCUCCUCGCCGUGACAAGUGAGCUGAGAGCGGCGGAGGGCCUGUCUCGGGCUCCUUACCCAAGCGGAAUUCCUGCAAAGAGCAAUGCUGUGUUCCAGUUAACGGAAGUGUUUGAAGCCCUGAGAUGUUCAGAGCAGUUUUUCUCAGUGACCUAGUCUACAUCUGUGUCCUCCUGAAAACAGGCUGAUAUGCCCAAAAUAGUCCUGAAUGGUGUGACAGUGGAUUUCCCUUUCCAGCCCUACCAGUGCCAACAGGAGUACAUGACCAAGGUUCUGGAAUGUCUCCAAAAGAGAGUGAAUGGCAUCCUUGAGAGCCCUACAGGAACUGGGAAGACACUUUGUCUCCUCUGUACCACACUGGCUUGGCGGGAACACCUCCGGGAUGCUGUUUCUGCCCGCAAGAUUGCCGAGAGAGUGCAAGGGGAGCUUUUCCUUGGUCAGGCCUUAUCAUCCUGGGGGAAUGCUGCUGCCACUGAUGGAGACCCAAUAGCUUGCUAUACAGACAUCCCAAAGAUUAUCUACGCUUCUAGGACCCACUCACAGCUAACACAGGUCAUCAGUGAGCUUCGGAACACCUCGUACCGGCCCAGGAUAUGUGUGCUGGGCUCCCGGGAGCAGCUGUGCAUUCAUCCAGAGGUGAAGAAGCAGGAGAAUAACCACAUACAGAUACACCUGUGCCGCAAGAAGGUGGCUAGUCGCUCCUGUCAUUUCUACAACAAUGUAGAAGAGAAAAGUCUGGAUCAGGAGCUGGCCAUUCCCAUCCUGGACAUUGAGGACCUGGUCAAGAGUGGGAAUAAACACAAAGUAUGCCCAUAUUACCUUUCUCGGAACCUCAAGCAGCAAGCUGAUAUCAUCUUCAUGCCGUACAAUUACUUGUUGGAUGCCAAGAGUCGUAGGGCACACAACAUUGACCUGAAGGGGACAGUUGUGAUCUUUGAUGAAGCCCACAAUGUGGAGAAGAUAUGUGAGGAGUCUGCCUCCUUUGACUUAACCCCUCGUGACAUGGCUUCAGGACUAGAGGCUAUCGAUCAUGUUUUAGAGGAGCAAACCCGGGUGGCCCAGCAAAGUGAACUCUACCUGGAGUUCAGUGUACACACUCCCAACUCAGGGCUGAACAUGGAGCUGGAAAACAUUGCGAAGCUGAAGAUGAUCCUGCUUCGCCUGGAGGGGGCUAUUGAUGCUAUCCAGCUGCCUGGAGAUGACAGUGGAGUCACUAAGCCCGGGAGCUACAUCUUCGAGCUAUUUGCUGAAGCCCAGAUAACAUUUCAGACCAAGAGCUGCAUCCUGGAGUCACUGGAGCAGAUCAUCCAGUACCUGGCAGGACGUACUGGUGUAUUCACAAACACAGUUGGGUUGCAGAAGCUUGUGGACAUCAUCCAGAUUGUGUUCAGUGUGGACCCCCCUGAGGGCAGCUCUGGUUCUAUAGUGGGGCUAGGCGUCUCACAGUCCUAUAAGGUACACAUACAUCCUGAUACCAGCCACCGGAAGGCAGGUCAGCAGUUGGAUACCUGGAGCACCACUACAUCAAGGAAACAAGGGAAGGUACUGAGCUACUGGUGCUUCAGCCCUGGCCACAGCAUGCGUGAGCUGGUCCACCAGGGUGUCCACACCAUCAUCCUCACCAGUGGCACGCUGGCCCCACUGUCCUCCUUUGCCCUGGAGAUGCAAAUCCCAUUUCCAGUCUGCUUGGAGAACUCACAUGUCAUUGACAGACACCAGCUCUGGGUGGGGGUUAUCCCCAAAGGCCCUGACGGGGUCCAGCUGAGCUCUGCUUAUGACAAACGGUUUUCUGAGGAGUGCUUGUCCUCCCUGGGGAAAGCUCUGGGUAACAUCGCACGUGUGGUACCCCAUGGGCUUCUGGUCUUCUUUCCUUCCUAUCCUGUCAUGGAGAAGAGCUUGGAGUUCUGGCAAGCCCGAGACUUGGCCAAGAAGGUAGAGGGACUGAAGCCUCUAUUUGUGGAGCCCAGGAACAAAGGCAGCUUCUCAGAGGUCAUUGAUGCCUACUACAAGCAGGUUGCCUCUCCUGGUUCUAGUGGGGCUACUUUUCUAGCUGUGUGCCGGGGCAAGGCCAGCGAGGGCCUGGACUUCGCAGACAUGAAUGGUCGCGGUGUGAUUGUCACGGGCCUCCCAUAUCCCCCACGCAAGGACCCCCGAGUUGUCCUCAAGAUGCAGUUCCUAGAUGAGAUGAAGGGCAGGAGUGGGACUGGAGGCCAGUUCCUCUCUGGGCAGGAGUGGUACCGGCAGCAGGCAUCCAGGGCUGUGAACCAGGCCAUUGGGCGAGUUAUCCGACACCGACACGAUUAUGGUGCUGUCUUCUUAUGUGACCACAGGUUUGGCUAUGCUGAUGCCAGGGCCCAGUUGCCUUCCUGGGUGCGACCCUACCUCAAGGUGUAUGAUAACUUUGGCCAUGUUGUCCGAGAUGUGUCCCAGUUCUUCCGUGUUGCUAAGAAAACUUUACCUGCACCAGCCCCCCAUGCUACAGCCUCAAGUGUGGUUAAGGGAGAAGCUGCUGUCGGAGUGGCUACAUUGUCCAGCCCCUUCCUGUCCACCAGGAAAGCCAUGUGUCUAGAUUUACAUGUGCCCAGCUUAAGGCAGAGGUCCACAGAGUCACCAGCUGUCAGCAAUCCUGAGAGCGGCAUGUGUGUGGAAUAUGAACAGCCAGUCUCUGCCCAGCAACAGCCCAUUGGGCUUCUGGCUGCCUUGGAACACAGUGAACAGAAGGCCGAGAUGCCUGGGGAGGAGGUGCAGAGCAGGGCACUCAGCUCCUCAACCCUUUCCUUUCGGUGUGAGAAGAGACCAUCAGUUGAGCAUAGAGGAGGAAAGAAAAAGGUCAGGCUGGUCAGCCACUCGGAGGAGCCAGUGGCUAGUGCACAGGUGGACAGAGCCAAGCUGUUCAUGGUGGCUGUGAAGCAGGCACUAAGCCACGCCAACUUCAACACCUUCACUCAGGCCCUGCAGCACUACAAGGCCUCUGAUGACUUUGAAGCUCUGUCAGCCUCCCUCACCUGCCUGUUUGCUGGAGACCCUAAGAAGCAUACCCUGCUCAAAGGCUUUUACCAGUUUGUACGACCCCACCACAAGCAGCAAUUUGGGGACAUCUGCUUCCAGCUAACAGGCCAAGGCUGUGGCUACCAGCCACAGCACAACCUUUCCCAUGGAGAUUGGGCACAGCCAGCUCCAGAUACCACCAGAAGCAGGAAGUCUGAGACAAGGCUGACCUUGUCUGAGGGUGUGGACGGACAGCUGGGCUCCAGAGAGCAUCUGAACCAGGGAAGGCUCCAUCUGUCAAUCCAAGCAUCCCAUGAAGGAGACUCCAACAGCUGUUCACAUGUGGGGUCUGGAGUGGAGAAACCUGGCCAGUCGGCUGUGAGUACCUAUUUGGCAGAUGUCCGUGAGGCCCUGGGGCCUGCAGGCUACAGCCAGCUUGUGACAGCACUGAGGGCAUACAAACAGGAUGAUGACCUAGAAAGAGUGUUGCUUGUGCUGGCAGCACUGACCACUGCAAAGCCUGAGGACUUCACUCUGCUGCAAAGGUUUGGCAUGUUCGUGCGUCCCCACCACAAGCCUCGCUUCCUCCAGACCUGUGCAGACCUGAUGGGUUUGCCUAACUUAGGUGGCGGCGUGGGGCAGCUUUGUCCUCAGGAGGAGAACACGGCUGUGUCUCCUGAGUUUGUCCACAGGGACCCCCAACCAGGCCCCUCAACAUCUGAGAAACCUGGGAAGACCCAGAGCAAGAUCUCAUCCUUCUUUAGACAGAGACCAGCCAAGUGUAUGGGGGCUGAUGACACGACCACAGUAUCCACACAGCCACAGGCCCCCGGGCACAUAAAGCCUGAGUGGACAGGUUUUAUGUGCCCAGACUGUAGGGCAGAGGACACAGUGCUCUUCCAGUGCCUUUCCUGUGAUUUCCACUGCUGCUGGGCCUGCUGGCAACCUCACCUCCAGGUUGGUGCCUGGCCCUUCAGUUUCUGCCAGGCAUCUCCCAGCUGGUGGGCUGAAAGGGAUGGGCUGUACUAGGCUGUAGUGCCCGUCCAUGUCUCUACAGGCCUCUAGGAUGUGCCCAGUUUGCCGCACUACCACCAGGAAACAGAGCAUCAUGCAGGUCUUCUGGCUGGAGCCUCAGUGAGCACCUAUGUUCCCUAGGGGUCCUUAAUGUGGCUGGACACUGCCCUGUCACUCCUUGGUGUGGUCAGUGAUGGAGGCUGACCCACUACAGUGCUCACAACAGGCCCAGCCCUUGGCUGUCCGGUGGCACCUGUACCUGUGAAGAGUCAUAAGCUACCUUGUAUUCUGAGGUGGGCGAGUUUUGUUUUGUGAAUGGUGCCUCAGGGCUCUGUACCACAUAUUCAAGAGACAAGUUGUUCAAUAAAAAUCUUAGUGGUCAGGA